CACCGCCGUGCUGGUGCAGGAGGUGGAGGUGGAGCUGCGGCAGCCGCUGCGGCCCGCCGGCCCGCCGGAGGCCGCGCGUCAGGGGGAGAUGCAGUGGGAGGGCUCGCCGCGCACCUCUGCCUCGCCGGCGGAAGCGGCCCGCAAGGUGGAGUGGGAGGAGCCCUCCGGGCCCUCCGCCCCGUCGGAGACCAUCCGACAGGUGGACGAGCAGUGGGAGAGCGUGCCGAGGCACUCGCCGCCGCCGGAGGUGGUCCGCCAGCUGGAAGUGCGGAGGGAAGGCUCGCCACGGCGCUCGCCCCUGCCGGAGGAGUCCCGCGACCGCAGCGCCGCCCAGCGGCUUCCGCACCAGGAGAUGAAUGGGCUAAGGAGUGAGAUCUCAAGUACAGCAGUGGCAGACAUUGCUGGCGCCACCCAGAGAGCGCCGGUCAUUAUCAGAAGGGUGUAUCACCCCAGCCCAGGGGUGACAUCGUCGGAGCUGGUGCGGCGGACGAUGGCCUCGACGGGCGGGCAGAAGCGGGUGACCACCCAGGUCACGACCACUGGCGACCGCGGGAAGCGCGGCAAGGAGGGCGCCAAGCGGGUCAUCACCACCACGGAGGUCAUCAGCGGUGGUGCGUUCAGACCCACGCAUGAAAAGCACCAGAUCCACAGCCAAAAGCCCAAAGCACACCGCGGCUACGUCGAGAGCUCGCCGACCUUGAUUGGCGCUGCGGUGGUUGCCUCGACCAUGACGGCUCGCCGCGUGCUGUGACCGGUAUCCGGAUCCGUCAGCGCAGCCCGACCCGAAGACGGACCCGGCGCCGAGCGAGACUAACACUGCGCCGCGCCGCCGGCGCCUAACCCGGUGUCUGUCCCGAGACUAACCCUAGCCCUUAGCCGGGCGCCGCCACGCGCGCGCCGGCGCCGGAACCCCCGGGGCGGCCGCGGCCGGCCGGCCGGCGACUGUGAUAUAGCGCCCGUGCGUUUGUGUGAUACGGGCGCCGGUGGGGCGCCGCGCCCACACCGGCAGCGACGAGAGAGGUGGCGCUCCGAGAGUGACGAGAGGGCCGUCCCGCGCUCCGAGAGUGACGAGAGGGGCCGUGCCGCGUUGCGACGGCUCGGGCGAGGCAGAGACGGCCGCUGGACAAAAGACAGCCGGGUGCCCCGCGCUGGCGAGACUGGCCUGCAGCCACAGCGGACUCCGUGAUCUUUAUUAAAUAAUAUAAUUAUUAAAUUGC